AUGGCAACCACAAGUGCAGACGACCGCCGCACUAAAGUCCUGGCGGACUAUCGGAAAGAGCUACUACAGCACCGUGAAUUGGAAGGCAAAGUCAAAGAAUUGCGGCUUGGCUUGCGGCAGUUAGAGAAGGACUACGACAAGACCGAGGAUGACAUCAAGGCAUUACAGAGUGUUGGUCAAAUCAUCGGCGAAGUGCUGAAACAGCUGGACGAUGAGCGGUUCAUAGUGAAAGCUUCCAGUGGACCACGCUAUGUCGUCGGUUGCCGAGAACGUGUGCCGAAGGACAAACUGAAGCAAGGGACCCGUGUCUCACUUGACAUGACGACUUUAACUAUCAUGAGGAUUCUUCCCCGCGAAGUCGAUCCUCUCGUGUAUAACAUGUCGACCGAGGACCCUGGAAACAUCUCUUUUGCUGGUAUUGGAGGAUUAAAUGACCAAAUCAGGGAGCUGCGUGAGGUGAUCGAGCUUCCAUUGCUUAACCCUGAGCUGUUCAUCCGUGUUGGAAUCAAACCGCCGAAAGGUGUCCUGCUGUACGGGCCUCCUGGAACUGGGAAAACACUUUUGGCGCGUGCGGUAGCGAGUACGCUUGAGUGUAAUUUCUUGAAGGUGGUGUCCAGUGCCAUUGUAGACAAGUACAUUGGGGAGAGUGCUAGAUUGAUCAGGGAGAUGUUCGGCUACGCCAAAGAGCACGAACCAUGUAUCAUAUUUAUGGACGAAAUCGACGCCAUCGGUGGACGUCGUUUCUCCGAAGGAACUUCCGCCGAUCGCGAAAUCCAGCGCACGCUCAUGGAGCUUCUCAACCAAAUGGAUGGAUUCGACUACCUUGGGCAAACGAAGCUCAUCAUGGCCACGAACCGACCUGAUACCCUUGAUCCCGCCCUUUUGCGUCCUGGGCGACUUGACCGGAAGAUCGAGAUUCCUUUACCGAAUGAAGUCGGGAGAAUGGAGAUUCUGAAGAUUCACGCGAGCGGGAUCACCAAACAUGGUGAAAUAGACUACGAAGCCGUUGUAAAGCUCGCAGACGGAUUCAACGGCGCCGAUCUGCGCAACGUGUGCACAGAAGCAGGAAUGUUUGCCAUUCGCGACGAGCGCGACUACGUUGUGCAGGAUGACUUCAUGAAGGCCGUUCGCAAGGUUUCAGAGUCGAAGAAGCUUGAGACGAAGCUGGAUUACGAGAAGGUGUAA